GGGCGCCAAACACGCGAAACAAAGUGAAAACUAUAACUCUAGGAAAUACAUAAUCAUAUAGUAGUAGUUACAGAAUAGCACUCUCAGAACAUAAUUAUGGCGGAUAAAGUAAAUGUGUGCAUUGUGGGCUCCGGCAAUUGGGGUUCGGCCAUAGCGAAAAUUGUGGGCGCCAAUGCUUCUGCUCUGCCCGAAUUCGAGGAGCGGGUAACGAUGUUCGUCUACGAGGAGAUGAUUGAUGGCAAGAAGCUCACGGAAAUCAUCAAUGAGACGCACGAGAAUGUCAAAUACCUGAAGGGGCACAAGCUGCCACCAAAUGUGGUGGCCGUGCCCGAUCUUGUGGAGGCUGCCAAGAAUGCUGAUAUACUCAUUUUCGUAGUGCCACAUCAGUUCAUUCCCAAUUUCUGUAAGCAAUUGCUGGGUAAAAUCAAGCCAAAUGCCAUUGCCAUAUCUUUGAUCAAGGGCUUCGAUAAGGCCGAAGGAGGUGGCAUUGAUCUCAUUUCGCACAUAAUCACGCGUCACUUGAAGAUACCAUGCGCUGUCUUGAUGGGCGCCAAUCUGGCCAAUGAAGUGGCCGAGGGCAACUUCUGUGAGACCACAAUUGGUUGCACGGACAAAAAGUAUGGCAAGGUGUUGCGUGAUCUCUUCCAGGCGAAUCAUUUCCGCGUCGUUGUUGUGGACGAUGCCGAUGCCGUGGAGGUGUGUGGCGCUCUGAAGAAUAUUGUGGCCUGCGGUGCGGGCUUUGUGGAUGGCCUGAAGCUGGGCGACAACACCAAGGCGGCUGUCAUUCGAUUGGGUCUGAUGGAAAUGAUUCGUUUUGUCGAUGUCUUUUAUCCAGGCAGCAAGCUGUCGACUUUCUUCGAGAGCUGCGGUGUGGCGGAUCUCAUUACGACGUGUUACGGUGGUCGCAAUCGUCGCGUCUCUGAGGCGUUUGUCACUUCGGGCAAAACCAUCGAAGAACUCGAAAAGGAAAUGUUAAAUGGCCAAAAACUCCAGGGCCCACCCACUGCCGAGGAAGUCAAUUAUAUGUUGAAGAACAAGAAACUGGAGGAUAAAUUCCCCCUGUUUACGGCCAUUCAUAAGAUAUGCACAAAUCAGCUUAAGCCUAAAGAUUUAAUCGAUUGCAUACGCAAUCAUCCCGAGCAUAUGCAAACUUUGUAGAGGUUUGGAGGCGAAACGUUUUUAACAUUUUUAUGCACCCACAGAUAAAAAACCGAGAAUAAAUGUAUAUUUUUCAGCACAAAUCAAUAAAGUAAAAAAGUUAAACUUAAAGGAAGAAAACACCACAGAAAGCUCAGUGAAAAACUAAAAAAGGAAACUCUAAAGAAGAAAACUUUUAACAAAUAAAACUCCCCAGGAAUCUGUAUAGGUUGUUAAUAUAUUAGUUAAUUUAGUCAAUUCUUUUAAUCCACUUCCCACGCAUAUCCUUAAAUGAACCACAAGAGGAAUAACUAACAAGAAAACACCACCAAAAAGUCUGCUUUAAUUUAGCCUUGUUUUUAAUUCUUAGUUAGCCAUGAGAUACAUAUGUAUAUUGCGCUUGUACCUAAAUAAAACAAAAGAAAAUGA